UCCUAUUCCCAACUGUUUAUCGUGGCAGUGCAAUCGUUGAAAUUCAGGUUAAACAGGGCUAACUAGAAAUAAACUUCAUCAAGUUACAGGAAGGAUCAGGCUGAACCCCUGUCACGUUACAGUAUUAUAUAAAACAGAGCAAAUAAUAGUUACGUUAUACAGAUCCACCGCUAGUUGUUGGCCGCCGAAGCCGACAUGGAGCGCUUCUGUGCACUUAUUCUGUUAGCUGUGCUGUUGCUGUCAGAGUGCUGUGUGGUUAACUCUAUUCCCCAGGGUGAAGGGACAUCAACACUGACAAGUCUAUCGGGUAUUCUACAGAAGAUUGUAUCUCCCUGUACUUCCAAUCAAGCCAACUGCAACAUCCCCGAUUUUGAUAUUGUCUUCGCAUUGGACAGCAGUUCGAGCAUUGAUGAUACCGAGUUUAAUAUUCAGAAAUAUGCAACAAAGAUGAUUGCUGAAUUCAUCAAUAGGCAUAGUCCCAUUACCCCCGAUGGAACCCGGGUUGGUGCAUUGACGUUUGCCACUGAUGUGGUGAGAGAGUUCGAGUUGAAUGAACACACUGAUUUGGCCACCGUUCAAGGUCACAUCGACGCGAUUCACAAGAGAAUGGGAGCUACGAAUACAAAAAAGGCUUUGCAGACUGCGAAGCUCAUGUUUGAAGACUUUUUCAUAGAAAAUAAACAGAAGCUAAUAUGGCUAUUUACUGAAGGGUUGUUUAACCAGGGCGAUCCACGACCAACAGCAACGCAAAUUAAGGAACAAGGAUGGAUUAUCUGCGUGGUUGUCAUAGGUAACCAUGGGAAUGUAGAUGGAAUUGACGACCUAGCAUCUCCAGGAUGUGUUGUCGAAAUAGGAAAUUUUGCAGAAGCCUGCAGGGACAAUAGAGAAGAAGAGUACUACUCCUUCCUGAUGCCUUACCCAGAAGGUUGA